AUGAAUAAAUUGGAAUAUUAUCGUGCAAGAAAAAAUAUUAUUGAAGCAAAUAAUUUAUAUGAAAAACUUGUUGAAUUAAGCGGAAAAUUUCCGAAUGAAUUACCAAUAAAAAAUGAUCAAAAAAGUGAGAUGUCAGCACUAUUACGAAAUUGUUCAAAAAAUUUAUCAUUAUUAUUAACGGAAACAAUAUAUUUAGUAUGUGAAUUAUUUAUUGCAAUAUCACCAUAUAGAUAUCGAACAUUAAUUGAAAAUGAUGCACGUGAAAAUGCUAUAUUUCAUAAUAAUUGUAUAAUGUUUGGACAUUUAAUGGAAUGUUUCGCAUUAACAAAUCGUCCAAAUUUAGAUACAUUAUUUGAAUUAGUACCAAACAUACGUAAUAUUGGUACAAAAAUAUUAAUGAAUCAAAUGCGUUAUCAUGAACGUAUCAUAUAUCGUCAUAUAACAAAUGAAACAUUUCAACAAUCAUUAAUGGAAAUUGUAAAUGAAACACCACGUACUGAUUUACGUAUUAGUUCACAAUCACAUUUUGAAUUUCUUCAUUAG